GUGUAGCUUCUCUUAUAAUUUACUGGACUAUAAAAUGGCAGAUCGUCCACACGGUUAUGGAUUGGCAGCCGAGGUGAAAGAUAAGAUAUCGGGGAAGUAUGAUCAGAAUUUAGCAGAAGAAGCAAGACGCUGGAUUCAAGAGAGCCUAAAUGACGGCGGAAUGCAAGAGUUAGCAAAUAAAUUGGACGGAGCGGACAAUGAGAAAAGCUUCCAAGAAGCAUUGAAAGAUGGAGUCAUUUUAUGCAACCUUAUAAACGUAUUAAAAACUGGAAGUGUGAAGACAAUCAACACUGGUAAAUUAAACAAAUGGAAAAUAUUGGCAAAUUCCUUGAUGGAUGCUAUAGUUAUGGGGUGGCAAGAAGCGAUUUGUUUCAAACUGUAGAUUUGUUUGAAAACCAGAAUAUGACUCAAGUUGUGGUGGGAUUGCAUGCAUUAGGGAGGAAGGCUGGGGCGAAAGGUAAAAGGGGUAUCGGGCCCAAGGAGUCGCAGGAAAAUAAACGAAGCUUCACUGAGGAACAACGUCGUGCUGGUGAGGGUGUAAUUGGAUUACAAAUGGGGACUAAUAAAGGCCCCAGCCAAGCAGGGCUGAAUUUCGGAAAAAUAAGAGCUAUCAUAGAUUAGACAAUGACUCCAAUAUCAGUGUCAGUUACAUUCAAUAAAGAAUUCCAUUAUAGGGUAACUAGGCUUCUGGAAUAAAGUAAAAAUGAAUGUCCA